CUUUCGCCCAACCAAUCUGCACAUUUCAACACUUUACGCAAUGUUUACUGAAACGAAUUCCAGACCUCAUCAGCAAGUCAGAACUUACCAUUGGUGUUUCCAACGCUGUGUCGACAGUACGGCCAAGUUGCUAUCUUGUUAACCAGGAGCUAGGACCUGUUCUCCGCAAAUGCAAUCUCCACCCCCCCGUGCCUUGGCUUCUCAAGAGAGCCCCAGUCUUCAGUGCUUGCCUCCAGAGACCUUGGCCGCAAUCGUCCUACCGCGAAGCGAUCAGCUAUGUCCAGACUUUGCAACUAUUGCCCGUGUUCGCGCCGUUUGUCGUUCACUGAAUGAAAAGCUCCCUUUGUCUCUUCUUGUGGGCGCUUUUGUUCGGUGCAUUUCCUAUGUUAUCUCAGAUGCUGGUCGUGAGAAAUGGCGUUCGAGCGCUGGCCGUAAAGAGUGGCGCCAGUGGCUGAUUUCGCGUGGAAUCCCCUUCUCCCAAUAUGAAGAAGACGUGGACAAUGAUUCCGAACCGGAAAUAUAUUACGAGGAUUGGCCUGAGUCACCAAGGGACGUUAUCGAAGAAAAGUUGCGUUGCGCAUUUCGAACCGUUCUGGUAGAUAUCCUUUUCGAGCUGCGUAAGGCGGGUCUGUGGCGGAUUCAGUCGUGUACAUAUGGGGGGUUUUCCGUGAAUCCAACCUUUACUCUCAGCGCCGGUGCAGAGAGUGGGUGUCUAGAGCUGGUGAAGGUGCGGAAAAUCAAUGAAUUCGCGCUCAUGUUUGCAUUUCACCAUGAAAUUUCGUCAUCGCAGAAUUUACAUCAAGAUCUCCUCGAUCUCGGCUGCUUUUCCAUAUAUUCGCGCUAUAAUAUACGCAGUUACUGUGACUGUUUGAACGCAGCUCUUGGAGCAGGGCAUAUGGAAAUAGCAGAAUAUUUCUUUCAGCACGUGCAGGAAAACUCUACUCGUACGAAGCGUGAGGAUUUUAUGUUUUUAAGGACAACUACUGUGCGGCUAUGGAGAACGCUGCCCGGUUAGGCUGGCACGACUUUUUGCGCUUCUGUAGCAAGCAGGGCUUCUCCCUUGAUGUGUGCAAAUUCGACAAUGACAAGCAUGGUGGUGCAUUAUAUGUCGCCGCUGUUACCGGACGCUACGAUACUGUAAAAUUUAUCUUUGAUCAAAACGUAUCCGUGGUGGAUCCCAAUCAUGCUUUAGCCGGAGCUGCCGUGGGCCGUUCACUCGAGAUUGCGAAAUUCGCGAUAGAACAUGGUGCUCAGGUUGAUAGUUUUCUCGACAUUGAUCAUAUGUAUUGUCGGUCGCCGUUGCAGCUUGCAGCGCGAUAUAGCCAUAUUAGGCUUGUUGAGGCUCUGAUCGAGAAAUGGGGAGCGGACGUGCAUCUUGGACCAGGUCCGCCUCUACGUCAUAUGGAAAUGACCAACUGGACGGAUCAGGCGCUAGUAGAAGCGGCGAUGCAUGGGCAUGGGGUGGUUACCACUUACCUGCUGGAGAAGGGUGCCGUAGUCAACCGUUCCUAUGCAGGACAUGUUGCAUUUCAUACAUUCUCAUCUGAAAGGGAGCCCAAGCUUACGGCUUUGGCAGGGGCGGCGGAAGCUGGGCAUACUGAUGUUAUACGAAUACUUCUUGCAGCUGGGGUGCGCGUCGACGAGUAUAAUGAAUGGGCGCUUCGUGAAGCUGCGCGGUGCGGUCGGGCUGAAGCAGUUUCUAUAUUGCUGGAUGCUGGCGCAGAUGUCGAGCCGACAACAAUUCCACAGCACAAACCGUUGACUCUUGCAUGUACCUCAGCGAACAUUGAGGUCGUCUGUAGCAUCAGACAGCGGGGUGCAAAAGUGACGUAUGCAAGUCUUGGGAUGGCGAUAAGGGGGGGGAGGGAAGUCGUGGAAGCAUUGCUCAACUCUGGUGAUCACCCUUUCUUUAUGUCUGAAUUGUACCGCGAACCUUUGAAUGAAGACAUUAAGCAAGGCCCUAUGUUCCUUAUUCCGGAAGGGUACCCUCUUCGCAAAGCUGUGUCCAGUCGUCGGCCAGACCUUUUACCGCUCUUGUUGCAUAAAUACAAAGCUGAUAUCUGUUGGAAGGGCCAUCGGCGCUGGGUCUUGCUCUGGAGUUAGCGGCCGUGAAUGAGGAUGAACCAGUGCAUGCAGAAAGCAUCAAAAUUCUUUUAGAUACUGGAGUCGAUGUCAAUAAGAAAACAAAACAAAUGACGGCCGCGGAGCUUUAAGAGGAUGACCCUAGAUUGGCCCAAAAUUUACCAAAGGACGUACUUGAACAGCUCUGUCAGCAGAUUGCAACAACCUCUCCUAGUUCCUGAAAGUGAUCAUGUGUCUGGACAGGAGAGUUACUCUAGAAUUGCACCUAGUUAUAUGAUAGUACUAUGGUAGAGUGAUCUACACUAUUGAAAGAAGGUAGAAGGAUAGAAGGAUAUUAGUUAACCGAGAUCAAUGGAUCCAGUGCUUCUACACAUUCAAAACUAGAUAUCUACGGAGGAUUGCAACUGAUAACAAUUAUACGCUAUCCAAUGUUCCAAUAAGGAUAGAACUCCAGUGUGAGAAGUACAGAGGGAAAAUGAUAUUGAGGAG